CCUUGAGACACAGUCCCCCUCCCAAACAGAGUACCCCCUGGCCUGCUGAAAAUCCAGCCCUGGGCUCUGGGGCGUGUUCUUCAUUGUCAGGUCAGAUCCGUGCCUUUUCCCUAGUCACGGGGUGACAGACAGAGCAUGCUGUCCUGCCUGAGCCUCAGAGUGUAGCUUUAAAACGAGAGACCAGCUUCCUGACAGAGCACGCGGCUCAGUGUUUCACACAGGGCUCUCUGACUGGUACAUGGAGUCGCUUCGGUCUCUCUCCUCUGUACCCAUGAGUUACUGGCAACCCCUGUGCUGUGUUUUGAGGAUUUGGCAGACCAAGACUGCAACGGCGACAUGUCUAACCUGAGCUUCUACAAAAAUGAGAUCUGCUUCCAGCCAAACGGGCUUUUAAUUGAGGACAUUCUUCAAAACUGGAAAGACAACUAUGACCUUCUUGAAGAGAAUCACUCCUAUAUCCAGUGGCUGUUUCCUCUGAGGGAACCAGGAGUGAAUUGGCACGCCAAGCCCCUCACACUCAAGGAGGUUGAGGCAUUUAAAAGCUCCGAGGAGGUCAGAGAGCGUCUCGUCCGGUCCUAUGAGCUCAUGCUGGGCUUUUAUGGGAUCCAACUUGAGGACCGGGCCACCGGUGCCGUCUGCCGUGCACAGAACUUCCAGCCACGCUUCCACAACCUGAACAGCCACAGCCACAACAACCUGCGUAUCACACGCAUCCUCAAGUCGCUGGGCGAGCUGGGCUUAGAGCACUACCAGGCACCGCUGGUCCGUUUCUUCCUGGAGGAGACACUGGUACAGCACAAACUGCCCAGCGUGCGCCAGAGUGUCCUGGACUACUUCCUGUUUGCUGUGCGCUGCCGAGACCAGCGCCGGGAGCUUGUACACUUCGCGUGGGAGCACUUCAAACCUCGCAGCCAGUUUGUCUGGGGACCCCGUGACAAGCUUCGGAAGUUCAAGCCCCAGACUACACCCCGGCCACCGAUGGUCCUAGGGCAGGCAGAUAAGGAUGAGGGCUCCAGGAACCCCUUCCAAGAGGCUGACACCCAGGGUCGGACCUAUGGAUCUGGAAGGGACCUGAGUGGGGACAGUGGGACAGCUGAGGGUCCCUCACAGCUGAGCCCAAAGCCCCAGGAUGCAGGAACCCUGGAUGAGGACCAGGGGGAUGAGGCUGAGUCACUGAGCCACAAAGAGAGCAAGAAGAGGAAGUUGGAGGGUAACAGGCAGGAGCAGGUCCCAGGGGAGCCAGAUGUCCAGAGUGUCUCUGAGGUAGAAAAAAUUGCCCACAAUCUUAAGGAGUGUGCCCUGAGCCCUAUCAGCCAGGAGCCCAGGGAGGCUGAACAGCCCUGCCCUGUUACCCAUGGGGCCGGAGUGGAUGAUGAGGUAAGAAAACGGAGGAAGGUGGAGGAGGGGGCAGAGGGUGAUGGAGCAGCCAGUAACCAUGACACUGACUUGCAAGCCCUGCCUCCUACGCCUCCAGAGGGUCCUGAGGCCCAAAAUGAUGAGAAUGGGCCAGAGGACCCAGAAAGUCGGGUGGGGCCAGAGCAAGGUGCCUCUGGGAGCCUGGCGGGGGACCCUGACACUACAGGAAUCUCAAUGGAUGAGUCAGAGGAGAUGUCAAGGAUGGGGGCCCCUGCUGAACCCCCAAAGCCUUAGAGGUGCAUCUCAGUCCUCUUCAGCCCACUGCAGGGGUUGUCUUGAGUCCCAGAGCCCUGUUGUUGGCUCUUCUCGGUGCCCCACAGUGCUGGCCUCUCCCUGGUGGUCACAGAAGCUUGCCACCAGAGGGACUGAGGCCCUGCCCUCAGGGAAGGCCAUGGCCUUCAGAACCCUCUUUACCUCACUGUGUCCUCCCCCACUGCCCUCUGAGCCCCAUGUUUGUGAACAACCCCUACGGGUCUCGGGGGAGGGGCCUCUUUUCUUAGUGUGGUGCCAAGUGAGGCCUUUUCUGAAUAAACUCUUUAGACUUUG